AUGAGACACAGCAUGCUGCCUCGCACGGCGCUGCGCAGCGGGCGCAUGCCACGGAAUAGCAGGUCGCAGUUGGGGUGGACGCCGCAGGCGAGGUGUCUGAAUGCGGCCGCUGCAGCUCAGGUCACACCGAACACCCAACGGCAACCACUAUCACGCCGCGAACUCAUAAAGGAUGCGAAACCCUUCUCCGAUUUUCUCACCGAUAACUUUCACCGGCAGCACGACUACCUCCGCAUCUCCGUUACGGAACGCUGUAACCUCCGGUGCGUGUACUGCAUGCCAGAAGAGGGGGUGCCACUAUCGCCGACGAGGGAACUCUUGACGACCCCCGAGAUUGUACUGCUGUCCUCCGUGUUUGUGUCACAGGGAGUCUCCAAGAUCCGGCUGACGGGGGGAGAGCCGACGGUGCGGCGAGAUAUCGUGCCGCUCAUGCACCAGAUCGGGGCGUUGAGGCCCCACGGACUGAAGGAGCUAUGCCUCACCACCAACGGCUUGUCACUGCAUCGAAAGCUUGACUCCAUGGUGGAGGCCGGUCUCACCGGCGUCAAUUUGAGUCUCGAUACUCUGGAUCCGCACAUGUUCACCAUCAUGACCAGGAGGAACGGGUUUGACGCCGUCAAGAAGAGCAUCGACCGGAUCUUUGAGCUCAACAAGCACGGCGCGGGCAUCAAGUUUAAGAUCAACUGCGUCGUCAUGCGCGGCCGCAACGACCACGAGAUUGUCCCCUUUGUCGAGAUGACACGGGAAAAGGACGUCGAGGUGCGCUUCAUCGAGUACAUGCCCUUUGACGGCAACAAGUGGAACCAGGGCAAGAUGCUGGGCUAUGCAGAGAUGCUGGAGAUGAUCAGGGAAAAGUUCCCCUCGCUGGAGAAGGUCAAGGACCACAAGAACGACACGAGCAAGACAUGGCGCAUACCCGGCCAUGCUGGAAAGAUAGGAUUCAUCACGAGCAUGACGCACAACUUUUGCGGCACCUGCAACCGCCUACGCAUUACCAGCGACGGAAACCUCAAAGUGUGUCUCUUUGGCAACACCGAGGUCUCGCUACGGGACAUCCUGCGCAAGUCGAACAACGGUGACCCCAUUGACGAAAAGGCUUUCGAGGCAAUGAAGCAGAUCGAGAUGGACCGUCGGCAGGGACUGGCAGACGCCGAGAAGCCGCUUGGCACAGCGCUCAACGAGGCAGAGCUUCUCGGCGUCGUUGGCAUGGCGGUCAAGAGGAAGAAGGAGAAGCACGCGGGCAUUGGAGAGCUGGAACACAUGAAGAACAGGCCGAUGAUUUUGAUAGCCCGCCUCUUCUCCUCCACGCCUUUGCGACGGGUCUCACGCUCACCGGAAGACGAUGCCGCUGCCCCCGGGGAUCCCACCUUGACCCACGUGUCCCCAACCGGCUCGGCCCGCAUGGUCUCCAUCUCGUCCAAGGCCCCGACCGCCCGCGUCGCCAAGGCGGUCUGCACCGUGACCUUUUCCACGCCGACGGCCCUCCGCCUCGUGCGCGCGAGCCAGAUGAAGAAGGGCGACGUCCUCGGCGUGGCGCGCGUCGCGGGCAUCAUGGCCGCCAAGCGCACGCCGGACAUCAUCCCGCUGUGCCACCCGAUCCUGCUCUCGCACGUCGGCGUCGAGCUGGAGCCCGCAUCCGAGCGCGAGGACGAGACGGUGCUGAACGUCGAGGCAACGGUCACCUGCGACGGCAAGACCGGCGUUGAGAUGGAGGCCAUGACUGCUGCUUCGGCGGCGGCGUUGACCGUGUACGACAUGUGCAAGGCGGUCGACAAGGGCAUGGUCAUCGGGGGGUUGAGGGUUGUGUUGAAGGACGGCGGGAAGAGUGGUCGGUGGGAGAUGCCGUGA